CUCUCUCUCUCUCUCUCUCUCUCUCUCUCUCUCUCUCACAGCGGCUGAUGCAGGGCGGGGCCGAGGGGGGCGUGGCCUCGCUGAACGGCUCCGCGGGGCCCCCACGGCGGGGGGGACGACUACCAGCAGUGGAUGGAGGCCAAGGCGGCCAAGAGCUCCGGCUCCCAGGCGGGGGCCCAGGGCUACUCCAACACCCUGCCUGUCCGCAAGGGAGCCCCGGCCAAGCACAAGGCCGCCCUGCCGGAGACUCGCACCCUGCCCCGCUCCAGCUCCAUGGCGGCGGGGCUGGAGAAGAACGGCCGCGCGCGGGUGCAGGCCAUCUUCUCGCACGCGGCCGGGGACAACAGCACCCUGCUGAGCUUCGCGGCGGGCGACGUCAUCACCCUGCUGGUGCCCGAGGCGCGGGACGGCUGGCACUACGGGGAGAACGAGAAGAACCGCAUGCGCGGCUGGUUCCCGUUCUCCUACACUCACCUGCUCACCGACAGAGAGGAGGAACCGGGGCCGCAGCUCCGGGUCCACAACCUCCAGCACGGUAAGAGCAGCAGCACGGGGAACCUUCUGGAGAGGGAGGACGCCUCCCUCCCGCUCCCCGACUACAGCAUGCACUCCCGCAUGGCGGCGCAGAACGCAGCCGUGGUGCUCCGGCAGCAGCAGCAGCCGCUGCAGCGACCGUACAGCAUGAUGACUCCUGGUUACCCGCAGCAAGCACCUGAGGAGUAUGAGCAGCGCUUCCCAAUGAGCGCCGCUGAUGGCAAGUUGAUUUCCACAGUGUGAGGACAGACACACACACAGACAGACAGGCAGCAGACUACAGCCGACACCCAGCCAGCCGGCCGUGCACUAGGAAAGACACACCUCCACACCUAACCCUGCGCCCUCCCCCCCCCCCCCCCCCCCCCCCCCCCCCCCCCCCGCGCUUCUUCCUCCAAAUAACCAACAACCCCCCCCCCCCCCCCCCCACACCUCCUCUCCCACCCCAAACACCUCUUGCUUAAAGCAACGUCCUCUCCCCCCACCCCUGCCUCCCUGCCACCCUUACCCCCACCCUCGUUGCGGGCCAAGGCGUCCCAACCCGACGGCCUCUGACGGACCGCUCAGACCCUGGGAGGCCUCUGGUCUCAAACUCUUGGGGGGUCCACGUUACUCUGAGCCGCUAAACUCUGAUCCAACGCUGAAAAGACUGUUUCUAGAUACUGAAUCCUGAGGGUUAAAGAAAUCGACUGUGGACAUUCCUGUUCCUAGCUAUUGACUGUGGAGCUUUAUGUCUAUAGCUAUUGACUGUGGAUCCUGUGUUUGAAUAUAUCGACUAGGGAUCCGGCUGUUUAUAGAUUUUGACUCCAGAUUCUGAGGUCUGUAGAUGUUCACCAUGGAUCCCGAGGUUUAUUGAUGUUCACUAUUGAUCCUGAGGUCUGUAGAUGUUCACUAUGGAUCCUGCGGUCUGUAGAUGUUCACUAUGGAUCCUGCGGUCUAUAGAUGUUCAUUCUGGAUCCUGAGGUCUGUAGAUGUUCACUAUGGAUCCUGAGAUUGAAUCCACCACCACUGAGUGGGCUCCUCUCGUCUUCUGGAGUGUGUCGUCUGUCUUGUGCAUGACCGUGUCUUUUCUAGAUCAGUCGGGAGCGUUUGGAACGCAGCCCAACUCGUUAGAUUUUCUAAGGACGAGCGCGUCAUUGGGGUUUGUAUGUUUUGGUUUGAGUGUCGGAUCUCCAAAGGGGAACUGCGCACAUCGCGUGCAGAGAUGAAAUAGCAUUGGAUAUGUUUACUGCGUCCGACCGGUGUUGGUGUGUUUGUGUGUGUGUGUGUGUGUGUGUGUGUGUGUGUGUGUGUGUGUGUGUGUGUGUGUGUGUGUGUGUGUGUGUGUGUGUGCGUGUGUGUUUUUGUGUGUGUGUGUGUGUGUGUGUGUGUGUGUGUGUGUGUGUGUGUGUGUGUGUGUGUGUGUGUGUGUGUGUGUAUGAGUGUGUGUUGCGACACACAUACAAGUCCUUGAUAUGAGCGUGUAAAUGACUUGUGUUAUGUACAUGUUGUCAAUAGGAGGAAGCCUUUCAGUUAUAAUAAGAAUGUUUACUGUAAAUACAUGUGCCAUAACAAAGUGCUUGUCAUACAGUCUAUCUACAGUAUAUCUAAUGGUAUUACAAAAAAGAAAUCUUUAUAAACAGAUAAUAACCUUGCCUUGGUGUACUGUAAACAAUAUCCUGUUAUCGACACACUUUAGUGUUGUUUUCUGUUGUGGUUGUGUUUAUUUCAGACGGGCAGCGUGUGUGCCCUCCUAAGGCAGAUAGGCUACUUGGGGUCCUUGGGUCCUCAUAUAUUGUGUUGUCUGCGUUGCUCUGCCAAGGCUGAAUGAUAACCCUUAUCCCUCAGAGACAUGCAAGCAAUGCAGUCCCUGUGGUGAGGUACUGUGCAUGCAUUGGAAAAAGGGGCGAUUGGUAAAGACUGUUCCUCGGUUCAGCCGUCUUACAGCAAAAACACAACCAACGUUAACUUGAUACAAACAAAAGCUAUAGAAAAGCAUUGUGACGAGAGCAGAAAUGUAUGAUUAUACUUUUUAAUCUAUGAUAAAGUUGAGUUAUUUAUAACUCAACGACCAGCCACUUACUUCAAAUAUAAUCUCUAUGUUCUGAAUAAAUCUUUUUUAAUUAAUGAAACAAAGUAGGACUGGACCAGAUAGUCUCGAGCAGAAGUGGAUGUACAUACAUAACAGAAGGCUGAGACGCACUGGAUUAAAUGAUGGUCCCCAGCCACAGAUAUUUAUUUAUUUAUUUUUCUGUUCUAUGAAAUGGAUGGUGUGGUGUCUUCUCAAACUAACAUCUCUGCAAUAAAAAUUAUUGAUUAAUAAAUGGUCAACGACCCAUUAGGUAAUAUGACCCGUUUGCCUGGCUCUGUCUCUGUGAUGAAAGAUGUGUUUGGGACGCGGCACUUAGCUGCCCCAUUUAGCUCACUGUUUGAUUACAUUUUUACGUAGCUAUAGCCCACCUUGAGCUAAAUAAUCGUGACCUCGGCACAAAAAAACUAAAAACACAAAAAACAUUGCAAAAAAAUGGAAGUUAGGAAGCUACUGUGUCAGAAAAUAUUAUUUGAAUGACAAGAUUUUCCAAGGUUUUGAAUACUGCCAUCGCUACAGAAUCAAAUACCGCGACAAUCUGCUGAAACAAUGUAGGGAAAUUAUGGGAUUAUUCUGCGAUAUUUGGGGAUGAUGAAUUUACUUUUUUAUGUUUGGAUGAUUUACCAAGGAGGAGUUUCUUGUUCAUCAACUGAAGUCCGACUCCUGAGAGACGCAAAGAAGAGAUGCGCCUUUUAAAUAACAGGACUCCUUUUGUCUCUGAAUGAUUCUAAUUACCCUUUUUUUUGCUCUAGCAGAAACCAAAACCAAAUGCCAGUUCAUUUUCUCACAAAUCCAUUUGUGCGUUUAAUGUUGCGCCCCCUCUGUUGCUAGGACGGACCAUUUCACAGCUGCAGUAAUCACACUACCACUCCCUCGUCCUCCCACACCUUCCAGCGCCGGCGCUAUACCCACACGCUCGCUGGCGCCUUCCCGUCACGACGAUUACACAACAUAGCUCAUGAUGAUUCCUCAUUAUAUCGUUUUCUGUCACCUACAUGGCUGCCUGAUGUGUGAGGGAGGUGUGUGUGUGUGUGUGUGUGUGUGUGUGUGUGUGUGUGUGUGUGUGUGUGUGUGUGUGUGUGUGUGUGUGUGUGUGUGUGUGUGUGUGUGUGUGUGUGUGUGGAUGGCUGGGUGUAUGUGCAUGUGUGUGCGCGUGUGUGUGUGCAUUUGUGUGUAUGUGUGUUUUAGUGUGUAGUAAGCUCUGCUGCAUCUCAACAGCAAUCUGCACCUCCAUCUUGUCAACACUAAAUAUAAAACAUAAAAGGUACCUUUUGUGUCUUAUUUGGGAGUUUCUUUCUUGUGACAUUUCUGAUUUAAUUGUUCUUACAUUUCUGCAUUCAUGUCUUGUUUGGUGUUGUAAAAGUUCCGGGGUCAAACUUGCAACCUGUAUAUAUUUUCAGUGCGUGUGAUUGACUUAUAAUCUUGACGUUAAGUAUGCGACUUGCUAUGCCGGUUUUGUGAAAGCAUGAUAAGACUAUUCAGCCAUAAGUCUCUCCUUUACAGUGUUAAGAGCUCAUCUCCUCCCUGAGGGGAGCUGAACUAACGUUCACACUGCAGGACUGCCUUUGCCUUUCAGAGCGGGCCGACACUAUGCCCGCUUUUGAAACCUCGACCCCACCCCGUCGUAAGUGGAGCGGACGACGUACUCCUCCCCCUCUGUGUCUCGUUACCACCGCGUGCUUCCUCGCGCUGCCUCCUCCAUUGCCUUUUCCCAUCCCUGAAACCAAACGAUGUAACUUUGUUUCAUGUGGUGAUAAACUGUAUAAAGAAGACAACCUGGAAACAAAAUAAGUGUUUAAAGGUCCCAUAUUAUACCACGAGGGGUGAGUGUGAUUAGCCGUUGCCGGCCGUUUUGAAAAUCUGCCUCUUCCUGUGUUUUAGUUACAUCACAAGUGGGCAUGUGUCCAUCGAGAUGUACGCUGGAUAGAUCAGUCUACCAGCCUACCCAGUGGACUGUAGCAAACGCUGCUCAUCAAUCUGUCAUACAUCUAGGUGGACACGCCCACCCGUGAUGUCACUAAAACACAGGAAGAGGCAGAUUUUCAAAACGGCUUGUAACGGCUUAUCACACUCACACCUGGUGGUAUAAUAUGGGACCUUUAAUCCUCACGCUUCAUGCUAAAUCUAAUUCUGGUGUGACCAGAAGUGAGGGGUUAGAGAACUGACUUCAAAACACUUCUGGUGAUUUCUUUCACACCAAUUCUUGAUGCCUCCUACUUUUGAUGCAAUGUUUGUCAGAAAAAUCACAAAAAUAAGCAGCACUGUGAAAAAAAUAA